UAACUGUAAGAAUACUCGUUAUUCGCGAAUUACUUGUUUGAAGUAUGUGACUUCUGUAGUCUACAUCUCUAUAAAGUCGUAGUAGCUAACAGUGUUAUUACGAAGGCCAGUGCAGAUUCUGUUCAAUGUUAUGACUAGUUGCCGAAUGUUUAACGAACAAGCCCGCAAUUAGGAAAUAAUUAAAUUAACAUAGUUAGCUAGUUAAGUGGUAGAGGAGAAGGACAUUCAUAACGACGAUGAUAGCCUCUCAUCUUCUGGCAUACUACUUCACGGAGCUCCACCAUGACAAGGUUCAACAAGUGGAUAAAUUCUUGUACCACCUGCGGUUAUCGGACGAGAACCUGAUUGACGUGUCUGAGAGGUUCCGGAGGGAGAUGGAUAAGGGGCUGGGCCGUGACUCCAACCCUACGGCUGCUGUGAAGAUGCUGCCCACGUUUGUGCGCUCCACCCCUGACGGGACAGAAAAGGGAGACUUCCUGGCUCUCGACCUGGGUGGGACCAACUUCCGGGUCCUGCUGGUGAAGGUGUCUGACAACGGGAAGCAGAAGGUGGAGAUGGAGAACCAGAUCUAUGCCAUUCCUGAGGAGCUGAUGAGGGGCAGCGGCGAAGAGCUCUUCGACCAUAUUGCUGAGUGUCUUGCUAACUUCCUGGAGAAGCUGGGGAUCAAGAACCAGAAGCUUCCUCUGGGCUUCACCUUCUCCUUCCCCUGCCAGCAGACCAAACUGGAUGAGAGUAUUCUGGUGUCAUGGACCAAGGGCUUCAAGUCGCAUGGGGUGGAAGGGAGAGAUGUGGUCAGCCUUCUGAGGAAAGCCAUUAUAAAGAGAGGGGACUUUGACAUUGACAUUGUGUUGGUGAUCAACGACACUGUGGGCACCAUGAUGACCUGUGGAUACGAUGACCAUCACUGUGAAAUAGGCCUAAUUGUAGGCACUGGCACCAACGCCUGCUACAUGGAGGAGAUGCGUCACCUGGAGCUGGUGGAAGGGGACGAGGGGAGGAUGUGUGUUAACAUGGAGUGGGGGGCAUUUGGGGACGAUGGCGCUCUGGAUGAUCUUCGUACAGACUUUGACCAGGAGAUCGACGCCGGCUCCCUCAACCCCGGCAAACAGCUGUUUGAGAAGAUGAUCAGUGGGAUGUACAUGGGCGAGCUGGUGCGUCUGAUCCUAGUAAAGAUGGCAAAGGAGGACAUGGUGUUUCAGGGUCACACCACCCCUGACCUCGUCACCAAUGGACAACUCCAGACCAGCUUUGUCUCUGCCAUCGAGAAUGACAAAGACAAGGAGGGUCUGGUGAGUGCAGAGAAGAUGCUGAGGGGGCUGGGCCUGGACCCCUCUGUGGAGGACUGCGUGGCCACUCGGAGGGUGUGUCAGGUGGUGUCGACCCGGGCCGCCCACCUGUGUGCUGCCACCCUGGCUGCUGUGUUAAGACAGAUCAGAGACAACAAGGCUGCAGAGAGGCUGAGGACAACAAUAGGAGUGGACGGCUCUGUCUACAAGAACCACCCACAGUUUGCGCGGCGGCUCCACAAGAUGGUGCGGCGGCUGGUGCCGGAUUGCGAUGUACGUUUCCUGCGCUCGGAGGACGGAAGUGGGAAGGGAGCAGCCAUGGUGACAGCAGUGGCGUUUCGGCUGGCUAUCCAGCAUGCCGAGCGGCAGCGUAUCCUGGACGCUCUGCGUCUGAGCCAGGAGCAGCUGCUGGACGUGAAAAGGCGUAUGGGAGAGGAGAUGAACAGAGGCUUGGCCAAGGAGAGUCAUGACCAGGCCACCGUCAAGAUGCUGCCCACCUUUGUUCGCUCCAUGCCCAACGGCACAGAGAGCGGUGAAUUCUUGGCCCUGGACCUGGGAGGGACCAACUUCCGGGUUCUGCUGGUGCGUGUGCGGCGCGGGAAGAGAAGCAGUGUGGAGAUGCACAACAAGAUCUACUCCAUUCCCCAGGAGGCCAUGCAGGGCACUGGAGAGGAGCUGUUUGACCACAUAGUGCACUGCAUCGCUGACUUCCUGGAGUACAUGGGUAUGAAAGGAGCGUCCUUGCCCCUCGGCUUCACCUUCUCCUUCCCCUGCCAUCAGAGCAAACUGGACCAGGGCAUCCUGCUAAAGUGGACCAAGGGUUUCAAAGCUACUGGCUGCGAGGGGGAGGAUGUUGUCACUCUACUGAAGGAUGCUAUCUACCGCAGAGAGGAGUUUGACCUGGACGUGGUUGCCGUGGUGAAUGAUACGGUGGGCACCAUGAUGACAUGUGGCUACGAGGACCCACUGUGUGAGGUGGGCCUCAUCGUAGGUACUGGCACCAACGUGUGCUACAUAGAGGAGAUGCAGAACAUGGAGCUGUUGGAUGGGAGCGAAGGGAAGAUGUGUGUUAACAUGGAGUGGGGGGCAUUCGGGGACCACGGAGAGCUGGACGACUUCAGCACAGACUUCGACAAAGCCGUGGAUGAGCACUCCGCCAACCCUGGAAAACAGACGUAUGAAAAGAUGAUCAGUGGGAUGUACCUUGGGGAGAUAGUGAGGAACGUACUGCUGGAGUUCACUACUAAGGGACUGCUGUUCCGUGGCAAACUCUCUGAGAGGCUCAAGACCAGAGGCAUCUUUGAAACCAAGUUCCUCUCCCAGAUCGAGAGUGACCGUCUGGCCCUGAGGCAGGUGCGCUCCAUCCUGCAGCACCUGGGUCUGACCAGCUCUACUUGUGACGACAGCAUCCUGGUGAAGGAGGUGUGUAGCGUGGUGGCUUGCCGCGCUGCCCAGCUCUGUGGUGCCGGCCUGGCCGCCGUGGUCGAUAAGAUCCGGCAGAACCGCAACCUCCCUGAGCUCAAAAUCACAGUGGGUGUCGACGGAACACUCUACAAACUACACCCACACUUCUCCAACUUCAUGCAUGAGACUGUCAGGGACCUGGCGCCGCAGUGCAAGGUCACUUUCAUCCAAUCAGAGGAUGGCAGUGGGAAGGGGGCGGCUCUCAUAACGGCGGUGGCUUGUCGCAUCCGAGACGCCGGGCAACGCUGAGCGGGGGAGUUCUGGAGAGCUUGUGUGGGUGUGGAUGGCGGCAAAUUAAACAAAGAGAUCUUCUGUUGGAUCUGACAAUUCAUCUUGAUAGUUGUACAGUUGUCUUAAAUAAAACUAUGAAGGACCUUGGCAUUACUCUGGACCCUGAUCUCGCUUUUCACGAACAUAUCAAGACUGUUUCAAGUACAGCUUUUUUCCAUCUAUGUAACAUUGCAAAAAUCAGAAACUUUCUGUCCAAAAAUGAUGCAGAAAAAUGUAUCCAUGCUUUUGUCACUUCUAGAUUAGACUACUGCAAUGCUCUACUUUCCGGCUACCCAGAUAAAGUACUAAAUAAACUUCAGUUAGUGCUAAACACGGCUGCUAGAAUCUAGACUAUAACCAACAAAGUUGAUCAUAAUACUCCAGUGCUAGCCCUCUACACUGGCUUCCUGUUAAGCCUAGGGAUGAUUUCAAGGUUUUAUUACUAACCUACAAAGCACUACAUGGGCUUGCUCCUACCUAUCUACCUAUGGUCCUGCUGUACAUAAACACAGCAAAAAAAGAAACGUCCCUUUUCAGGACCCUGUCUUUCAAAGAUAAUUUGUAAAAAUCCAAAUAACUUCACAGAUCUUCAUUGUAAAGGGUUGAAACACUGUUUCCCAUGCUUGUUCAAUGAACCAUAAACAAUUCAUGAACAUGCACCUGUGGAACUGUCGUUAAGACACUAACAGCUUACAGACGGUAGGCAAUUAAGGUCACAGUUAUGAUAACUUAGGACAAUAAAGAGGCCUUUCUACUGACUCUGAAAAACACCAAAAGAAAGAUGCCCAGGGUCCCUGCCCAUCUGCGUGAACAUGCCUUAUGCAUGCUGCAAGGAGGCAUGAGGAUUGCAGAUGUGGCCAGGGCAAUAAAUUGCAAUGUCCUUACUGUGAGACGCUUAAGACGGCACUACAGGGAGACAGGACGGACAGCUGAUCUUCCUCGCAGGGGCAGACCACCUGUAACAACACCUGCACUGGAUCGGUAUAUCUGAACAUUACACCUGCGUGACAGGUACAGGAUGGCAACAACAACUGCCCGAGUUACACCAGGAACGCACAAUCCCUCCAUCAGUGCUCAGACUGUCCGCAAUAGGCUGAGAGAGGCUGGACUGAGGGCUUGUAGGCCUGUUGUAAGGCAGGUCCUCACCAGACAUCACCGACAACAACGUUGCCUAUGGGCACAAACCCACCGUCGCUGGACCAGACAGGACUGGCAAAAAGUGCUCUUCACUGACGAGUCGUGGUUUUCUCUUACCAGGGUUGAAGGUCGGAUUUGCUUUUAUCGUCCAAGGUGGAGGUGGAGGGUCACAUCAUCAUCGGACUGAGCUUGUUGUCAUUGCAGGCAAUCUCAAUGCUGUGCGUUACAGGGAAGACAUCCUCCUCCCUCAUGUGGUACCCUUCCUGCAGGCUCAUCCUGACAUGACCCUCAUGACAAUGCCACCAGCCAUACUGCGCGUGAUUUCCUGCAAGACAGGAAUGUCAAUGUUCUGCCAUGGCCAACGAAGAGCCCGGAUCUCAAUCCCAUUGAGCAUGUCUGGAACCUGUUGGAUCGGAGGGUGAGGGCCAGGGCCAUUUCUCCCAGAAAUGUCUGGGAACUUGCAGGUACCUUGGUGGAAGAGUGGGGUAACAUCUCACAGCAAGAACUGGCAAAUCAGGUGCAGUCAAUGAGGAGGAGAUGCACUGCAGUACUUAAUGCAGCUGGUGGCCACACCAGAAACUGACUUUUGAUUUUGACCCCCCCUUUGUUCAGGGACACAUUAUUAUAUUUAGUUAGUCACAUGUCUGUGGAACUUGUUCAGUUUAUGUCUCAGUUGUUGAAUCUUGUUAUGUUCAUACAAAUAUUUACACAUGCUAAGUUUGCUGAAAAUAAACACAGUUGACAGUGA